AUGGCUGAAGCCACUCCGCAGGAUCCUAGAGUCUCCUCGGAUAAGGAGUUAGAGUCGUCUACCCCCAGCAGUGCUCCCGAGGCUACUGCCAACGAAAAUACCGAAAAGCAGAGUGUUCGCUCGGAUGGGAAGCGCAUAUUGAAGGAGGAGGAUUGCUAUGAUCAAUUGGCCUACUGUUGGCCUCGGUGGAAGAAAUGGAUGUACCUGGCUGCCAUCGCUGGCGUGCAGAUUUCUAUGAACUUCAACACUUCCGUCUAUCCCAAUGCCGUGAAACCCCUUACGAAGGCGUUCGAUAUCAGUGCGCAACAUGCGCGAACGGGCCAAAUGAUCUAUUUGGUGACAUACUCUAUUGGAUGUGAACUGUGGGCGCCGUGGAGUGAGGAAUUCGGUCGCUGGCCUAUUCUGCAGUUAUCGAUGUUCUUGAUCAACAUCUGGCAACUUCCAGCUGCAUUGGCUCCCAAUUGGGGCUCGAUUGUCGUCGCUCGUGGUCUGGGUGGUAUCUCUACCGCUGGUGGUAGUGUUACUCUUGGUUUGAUUGCCGACUUGUACGAACCCGAUACGCAACAGUUUCCUCUUGCGUUUAUCGUCUUGUCGUCCUGCAUUGGUACCAGUAUUGGUGGUGUUAUCGGUGGUCCGAUCGGGCGUUUCCUCGACUGGCAAUGGUUCUUCUGGAUCCAGCUCAUCUUCGGAGCAGUUGUCCAAUUCAUCAUGUUUUUCAUGCCCGAAAGUCGUUCAACCAUCAUCAUGGACAAGAUAGCCAAGCAACGUCGCAAGACUGGAGAGGACCCCAACAUCUACGGCCCCAACGAGCUGAAAAAACCUCGUGUCUCGCUCCAUGAAGCUGGCAAGAUUUGGAUCCGUCCCUUCUACAUGUUCGUGCGCGAGCCUAUUGUCCUGUGCAUGUCUCUCCUGUCCGGUUUCUCCGACGCUCUGAUCUUCACCUUCCUCGAGAGUUUCGCCAUCGUCUACGAGCAAGGAUGGGGCUGGGGUGUCCUGGGUCAGGCCUGGGCUGUCAUCCCCAUCAACGUCGCCUACUUCAUCGCCUACUUCUCCUACUUCCCAUGGUUCAUACGCGACGAACAUAUCCGUCAAACCAAGGGCAACGAUGCUAUCCCCGCCGAACGCCGUCUGAAGUGGCUCCUCUGGCUCGCGCCCCUCGAACCCAUCGGCCUGUUUGGUUUCGCCUGGACCUCCUUCGGCAAGGAACGCAACGUCCACUGGAUGGGCUCCAUGGUCUUCUCCACGUGCGUCGGUAUCGCCAACUAUGCCAUCUACCUCUCCUCCGUCGACUAUAUGGUAGCAGCCUACGGUGUCUACUCCGCCUCUGCGACCGGUGGCAACGCCUUCGCGCGUGAUCUGCUCGCCGGUAUCAGCGCCAUGUAUGCGACCCCUAUGUACGAGAACAUUGGCGACAAGUGGCACGUCGAGUACGCAUCCACCGUCCUGGCCUGUCUGUCCUGCGUUGUCGUCGCCCCGGUCUACGUGUUCUACUGGAAGGGUCCUUGGAUCCGUGAAAAGAGUAAGUUCGCGCAGACGCUUGCGUCCGAUCGUAAGGCGAAUCAAGGACGACGGGUUAGUCAGGAGCCUGCUGCGCCGUGA